GCUUGCUACAUGAUCAUGUACUUGUACCGUUUUAUACCCUCCAAAACACAUUUCCGCAUGAUGCCACCAAACUAUGAAUCCUGGUCAAAAGAAGAACUGAUCACGCGUCUCGGAGAGCUGGAGGCGAAAAAGCACGCUCAGUCAACUCACUCACCAACACGAAAAAACCAUUCCCACCCGAAGGGCAAGAUCGCUAUCAAGUUCUGUUACUUACUUGGGGUGGGAGUAUAAUGGGCUGGGGUAUCAAAACGGUCCAACACCUCUUCCAACGGUCGAGGAUGUCUUGUUUAAAGCCUUCGUAAAGCCUUGGCUCAUCAAUGAAACUGGCAGUUUGGAAGACUGUUGAUGCGAGAGAUGCAGGAGGACAGAUCGAUGAGUGAGUGCCGAGCAAUUACAGGCGUGAAUCUGAUCACCCUAUUACUCACGAGUAACCCAGGCGAGAGUAUGAACUUUUCAAGUUCAUUCUUGUGAUAUUUAUAAUGGAGAGGUAGGAGAAGUCACUGUAUCAGAUCUCAUGCGGAUAUCCAUCACAGACGUCCAAUCCAUG